CUGCGCCUUCGCUUCUGGAAGCGUCUCCGGCGAGCGUCCGGCCCAUGCGCGGUACCAAAGGAUCCCGGUAUCCAAGGGCAUUGGAGUGAGUGGCAGUGGGUCGUAUACAUGCAUGGCAGGUGCAGUGAGCAGCAGGCAGAGUGCAGCCAGGGGCCUGGCAGCAUUUGGACUCGGGCAGCGGAGACUCUGCUGUGGGAAUCUGCCCAUGAUCCGUGGGAAUGACUGUUACUACUAUCCGACUAGGAGGCAGAGUCCCUUGCCUCGCUGCUGUAAACGGAGGUUGGAGCUGUGCCCCGGCAGGUUCUCUCGGCAGAUUAGUGGCGCAUCGCGGGCUACACAGUCUCCUGUUGACGUGCGGCACCAGACCAAAAGACGGCUAGGCGCAGCCAGACACACCGUGGUUGCUCACAGCCUUAACCUUGGGCUGGGCCACUUCCCGGAUCCCGAGCGGGCCCAGUAUGGUUUCUUGCAAGGCACCCACGGUCGGGUGUCACUCCCGAGUGACGUAGGCCUGCAGUCCCUCAUCUGUUUCCCAGACGAGAAGGUCAGUAUGCAGCUGAUCGUGAGUGGCCAGGGGAAGGAGCAGACUGCCCUGCUGGAGGUGCCAUGCUCCAGUUUGGUGCAUUUGCAGCACUUGGUGGCCUCCAGGAUAGAAAGUGUGCCGAGCGAGCUGGAGAGAUGGCUUGGUGCUGAACAAGCGAAUGCACCCCUGUUGUCCCAGCUUGAAGGCAUUUUGGAUUCGAUCACCACCGUUGACGGGCACAAUGCGGACGACAUUGUGGUAGAGCAUCGUGACUCCUCCGACCUUUGUGGGUUGCCGGUGAUGAGUGAAUUGGCAGUUGAGAGCACCCUGGAGUCACUGGCGGAGAAGCCUGAGGGAACCGGAGUGCUCCCUAUAAAUGGGCAGCUUCCCCAGUUGGAUGAAUCCCCAGAGACAACAGUGAGCCUUUGGGACAUGCACGAGGGACACCUGGACUCUUUCAGGUCAUUGUUUGACACUGAGUGCUGUCGAAUGCCAUACUACAUGGGUUUCGAGCACCCAACGAUGCCCCCGUCACAGCUCGGGGCAUUAGCUGCUUUUAGUGGAACCGGUAACCUUGCAAGUGCAGGCUGGCAGAAGAGGGAGCCCAGCAUGGAGGAGCAUCUCGCUGUCCUUUAUGAAAAGCUGAGAGUGGAGUUGCCAGAUUUCUUCCUGAAGUCUCACGAUUACAGGAUGUACUCUCGGAACGUGGAAUUCAUCAGCCAAUUUCCGCGGAUAAAGACACGGGGCCGUACCACCUAUCAGGCAAUCGUGACAUUGCUGCGAUUUAUUGCAUGGAAUUACUGUGCGGACAUUCACAUGGAGGUUAUGAAAAUGACGCAGCAUCCUGAAGACUGGACGAUCCAGGUGCGCUGGCGGGUUACAGGCCUCCCGCUCCAUGUCCUAAUGCUGAAAUUUUACAAGAAGGACAAGACAGAACUCUAUAGAACCUAUGAUGCAUAUUCCACGUUUUAUCUGGGACCCGAUGGACUUAUUCACCGGCACAAGGUCGAUAAGAUGAUGCCAACUCGACCCCCAUUCACCAAGGUGAAGACGCUGCUGGCCGGAGCUCUAGUCGCCCUCGGGAUGGAGGAACAUCGCCCAGCCUUGAACCUGCUGUUUGCCCAGUCGGCUGGCAAAGUGGGGGAGAAGCACUGCUGAGAUCGCCAAGGGGAGGGGGUUUGCACUCUCAGAAACACGCAGAGCUAGCCAUGCGUGCGUGUUGGCAAAAGCUGCACCUUCCACACCCAGGCUUCUCCCAUCAUCGCAUGUUUUAAUGCAGUUGGAGACCCCACCCAUACCUCCUCCCUUUGAACCACUUGUGCACUGUAUAUAAUGUGGUGAAGAGAAUGCAAAUCUGUGCAGCAUCAAGCUGCAAGGAGAGUAUGUACUGUCAAUGUGAGGAAUGUGUAAAGUAGUACCCUGUACGAUCACGUUAUUUUGUGUCUUAUAUUUUAAUUCCCGUCCUAAUAAUUGCAAACUCUAGUAGGGUAAGGCUUCAGUGGUUUGUUUUAUUUCUUUGUUGUUAGGAUGUACACCUUACUGUCCAGGUGACAGUAUCAAAGGAGGAGUUUUGUUCUGUUCCCCUGGCUGUUGCCUGGAAUGUGUCAGGGCCAAAAUACCUGGCCUUAAGGGAGUUCGCUCAUGAUUUUCCCUAGUCAUCUAAAUUCACGGAUGGGAGAAUUGAUGGGCUGCAAUACGAGCUGAAGGGAUGGAGAGACGCUGCAAUUCCCGCUCUUUGCAGUGCCCAUGUCCCUAAAUGCAGGAACAGAAAAACUUGCCCUAGCGUGUCCAAAUUCUGCUGAUAUCUCUUUCUGCUUCCUCCUCCCCCCUCCGCCAUUAGCCACUAGAGUCAGUGCUGCCUGAUGAUAAGAAUAGAAAAUCUAAUCCAAAGCAAAGCUAACAUACAGCGGAUGUUGGAAGUGCUCAGUGGAUCAGGCAGCAACUGUGGAGAGAACAACAGAUGUUUUGGGUCAUUGACCCUUCAUCAGAAAGGGGCAGCAUUUUCCUGUUCCUGGGGCUGUCUGAUCGCUUGGAACAAGGGAGGUUGUACUCAUGAUUCAUUAUCUGUUUACUGAUUUAAGGUCGCAGAUCUGAAACAUUACAUUUGUGUCUGUUGCUUGACCUGCAGAAUAUUUCCAUUUUUUCUUUACAUGCUCCGAACCACAAGACCGUUUUGUGAUGUUUUCAUUUAAGAACAAGAAAAGCACCCAAAUCCAUUUGCCAGUAAGGGCUGUAACUGGCAAUGAUCAUUGUUCAAUACAUUUUCCUAAGUUUUUUUUUAUUAAUGUUACUGAGUGGAUCAACUUGAUUUCAUUGUGGUUCCAGCCCUUGAACACACAAUCUAGACUUGACCCUGCAGCGUGAUGUGCAGAACAUUGCUCCAUCGGUGUUAGUUGCUGCCCUUUUAGAUGUGACAUUAAGUUGCUUGUCCUGGUCCAGGUGGAUGUUGAAAAUCCCACUGUAUUGUUUGAAGGAGACUGGGGAGUCUCCCUCGUGAUUUCUGGCCAACAUUCCUCUGCUAAUUGAAGAAGAUGAUUACUCAUUUAUAUUGUUGCUGUUUAUGGAAUCCCACUCUGUACAAAAUGCAGCUGUGUUAGGCUGCUUAGCACAAUCCUUGUAGCACUUCAGAACUGUUCUUUGUAUGUGAAAUGUAUUAAGUCAUUUGGGAAACCUUAUAAGAUGCCUUGCAAAUGCAAGCCUGCUUCGGCCUUCAAAUCUGCUCCAGGGACUUGAGCACAAGAUCUAGACUGAGACUGUCAGAACAAUAAUGAGGGGAUGCUGUAUUGUUGGAGGUGACAUUUUUCAAAUAAGAUGUUAAACUGAGGCCCGUCUGUCUUAUUGGAUAGACAUUAAAGGUCCACGGUAUCAUUUUGAAGAAAAGGGCGUUCUCCCUGGUGUCCUGAGGUAAUAUUUUUCCCCUGUCCGAUAUCACUAAAACAGAUUAUCUGGCUGUACUACCUUGCUUUUUGUGGGAACUUGAUGUGCACAAAAAAUUGGAAGCUGCAUUUCUCUAUAUUGCAAUGAUUGCACUUCAACGGUUUAAUUGAUAGUAAAGCACUUUGAGAUGUCUUGAGGACGUAAAUGCAGCUUUGUCUUCUAUUUCCCAGACAAACUGCAUCAAUUCCAUUUAACCUUGUCUCUUGGGGUUGUUGUAGAGAUUUAUCGAUCAGCUUUCUAAAGGGGAUUAGUUGUGUGUGUUCGUGCAGUGCUAUGGAGGACUAUAGAGAGAGAGAAUGGUGUAAUUGAAGCCUUUUAAAGUAGACACAGUUUAAUAUUAAUGACUGAUGGGGGAAUUUCCAGCAGAAGCAGAAGAGGCAGAAUCGGCAAAUGAGAUUGUUAUUGUCUGCAAGGUGCUUUGGCUGCUGUGUACCGUGGAGUAAUAUUGCAGUCCUGCCCAGUGAGCUAGCACCAUUUGACUGUGCUGUUUCGGCUGCAUUCGGAUCCAGUUCCUUGCCAAGGAAGAGGUAAAAUGCUAAUGAGAGGUGAAAAGCCCACACUGUCGGAUCCAAAAGAAUGCUGGAAAGCCACAGCAACCUGAUCAGUAUCCGAAAGACUCAAAACAUUUCGGGCCAUAACACUUCAGUCAGUUCUGUCAAAUCAGUUCUGAUGAUGGGCCUCAGUUGAAACCGUAACCUUGUCAUCAUCCAGUUAUCGAUUUGACUUGAUUCCGUGCACCAGAAAGUAAAGGCCUUGGCGCAGAAAAGAUUUGAGCUGAAAAUUGUUUUUUUUCCCUUUUGAAAGGAACAAGCAAGAUAUUUACCUUCUCCUUUUAAAGUGCCCCUGUCAAUUUGACAAAGGAAGGAAACUUUUGUCUCUUAAAGGAGUUUACCAACUAUAUAGAAGAAUGAUCCUAGUGUAUUACCUGAUGCUGACAAAAACCCAGAUGGCCUUAUUGGAGAGGAAAAUGGCCCAGUUUUAUCUCCUGAAGAUAUUGCCUGCUGGUUGUGUGGCUUUCAUCAUCUCACCAGAGUGAACCAGGCUGUGUUGGCAAUAUUCGAUGGGUUGGGGGAGGUGAAGGGAGGACCUAAUACCUGAGCCUACUUGAUGUGUUACUCAUUUUACAUUCUCUUCAUCUGGUGGCCACACAGCUGAGGUCUCCACCAGAGACCACUGGUUCGUGAAUGGGAGUGGUUGUUUUGGUUGAUUGUUGCUUUUUCCUCCUCAUGCACCCCCUUCCCCUGUUCAGCCCAGAAGCACUGAGGCCAAAUAUACUUCAUGUACUAACCCCGAUGAGAUCAGCCAAUAACAGCAAGAAUGAAGAUGAAUUGUAUUCUCCAAGUACUUGUCUACUGGACAAGAAUAGAUAAAUUGCAAAACAAAAACAAAAAUA